CAUGGCUCGAUCACUUGUUGAUUCAGAUUCCAUUUCAGUUACAAUUCUGUGUCGGUGCAUUUAAUAUCUUUAAAAUGCUGAUGAGCUCAUCAAAUUAUUUAUUUUGUCUUCUAUAAAUGUAAAUUGUGUCUGACGAUCGAUUGUUUGAUUAUAUUACAUGUUAACUCAUUUAAAUGUAAUUAGUUAAUAUCUUAACUUGUAUAUAUUUUAUUCGAUGCGUGAAAUCUAUGCGUGAAUAUUUUAUUUGUUUGGACAGUGUUGAAGUGACGUCAUUUAAUGAUUUUUUGUUAAACGCAAUUAAGAUUACAAUUUGAAUACCGUCGUAUGCUAAUUUUUUAUUUCUUAUGGCAUAAAGUCAACAAAUAAGUGUUUCCUUCAUUUCUGUCUCUAGAUACAUAUUAAUUAAAAGAGGAAUAAAAAUCUCAUUUGGACAUACCUACCUGAUAGAAUACGUUUCCGGAGCUGAAGAAAAAAGUACAUAUUUAUUGCAAAAGCUCCUACAUUUUUUUCUCGAGCGGAAAAAUUAAAAAACAAAUUAACAGAAUCUAGAUCAUAAAAAGGAACAAAAAACAGUCAAAAUGACGAAACCGAAUCGAUUUAUUAAUGUUUCAGACCUCAACAGUUGCGGUUUUGCUGACUCACAGGCUCUUUUGGCUACCGCAUUGGAACAAAGAAAUAUCCGAGAAUUUAAAGUUGCCUUGGAUAUGGGAGCAGAUCCAAAGCGACAAGAUUCCAAAUAUAUUAGUAUUUUUGAAAAAGCUUUACAAACGAAGGGUUGUGCUGAGUUUGUCAAAGAAUGUUUGGACUAUGGUUGUGAUCCCACUCAUUUCAAUAAACGCUCUAAUAAAACAGCUUUGAGUUAUGCAGCUGACUCUCAGGAUCCAAGGAUACUAAAAAUUCUUCUCGAUUAUAAGGAAAUUGAACUUAACCCAACAUACGCCAAUCUCACUCCACUCAAUAGUCUGGCCAAAAGUCUUUCAUCAGUGAACGCAGCAGACGUUGAAGCCUGCAUUGAUCUUCUUCUUCAAUAUGGUGCCUCUCCAAAUAUCCCCGAUCAGAGAGAUAUGACACCGAUUCUUUAUGUUCUUAAGAAUAAACAAAUUUCCACUGAACAAAAACGUCAAAUAGUCGAAAAGUUACUUUAUCAGCCAAAAAUUGAUCUGGAUACAUUUAGAGAUGGUGAAGCACGAAAUCUCCUGGAGAAAAACUUUCCAGAUUUGAGUCUACCUCCAGCUACUUCAAAUGCCGUUGAUUUAAAUUCACUUAUGGCUUUGUUGCACAACAAUAACGAAGAUAAAUUUUUAACAAGCUUUAGCGAUUUUCAACUGUACGCUUCUGAGAUGAAUAAUGGACCCAGUACACAGGAACCACACCUCGAACUUCUCAUUGAAACUAUAAAAAAAGGACUUCAUAAGGCUUUUGAUGCUAUUUUGAAGACCAUUUCUAAUAUCAAUGCUCUUCAUAAUGGUUGUAGUGCCAUCGAGAUUGCUUGUAUUUGGGGCAACUGGGUGGCUUUGGAAAAGUUGAUAGAUCGAGAAGACUUAAAACUUCACUAUCAACGAAGUCUCUUAGUGAUUGUGAUUAAGAAAUUGGAAGAAAAGCCUUUAUUGAAAAUGUGUGAUCAUAAAAAAUGCUUUUAUAUUCUUCUAAAUUGGAAAGGAAUUGAUAUUAAUGAAACUGAUUCGUCUGGCUCGACACCAUUGCACUAUGCUGUUAAGUACCGAAAUAAACAAGCUAUUCAGGAGCUAUUAAAACGUGGUGCUUACAUUGGGUUGAGAAGUAAGUUUAACGAUAUUCCCAUAGAUGCAAUGGAGUCAGAUCUUCUGGAGGAACACUUUGAUUCAUGCAUCACGACGAAUGGAUUUAAGCCAGGCGAUGAGAGCUUCGAAAUAAUAAUAAACUACAAAAAUCUCAUACCCACUCAGCCUGCUCAGGGCAAAUCUCCACAGUACAGCUUACGAGAUGAAAUGACUCCCAUAACUCACAUAGCAGAAUCCAAGGAAAUGCGGCAUCUUCUGAAGCAUCCCCUCAUCACAAGCUUUCUCUUUCUGAAAUGGCAUCGCUUAUCACUCGUAUUUUAUAUUAAUCUUCUUGUGUAUAGCUUGUUUUGCUGCUCAAUUGCCAUACACACCAUCCUAAAGUUUAAAGAGAGUGACAAUCAAGCUUUAAUAGGACUUUUUGGAGUCUUUUCGUUCAUCGGAAUUGGUUAUUUAAUUUUGCGAGAGCUGUUCCAAGCAAUGAUAGCCUCAAUGAAUUACCUAAGAUCUCCUGUCAACUAUGUUGAAAUAGUCUUAAUCAUCCUCUGUAUAGUGACGGUUAAGGAACAAAACUAUGAUCAACAGACCAGGAAAAUUGUGGCGGUUCUAAUGAUGCUCCUCUUGUCAGUGGAACUGUGUCUAAUAGUUGGAUCAAUACCGGUGUUGUCUAUUUCAACGCAUAUGCUUAUGCUGAAGGCUGUUUUGAAGAGUUUCAUGAAGAGCUUCGCGUUAUAUUCAAUAUUCGUUAUAACUUUCAGUCUGUGUUUCUAUAUUCUGUUCGGGAAACAAAGCGAAGAUGGUGAUUUUAAUGCUUUCUCUAAUCCACUAACAACAUUAAUUAAAAUAAUUGUGAUGCUGACUGGAGAAUUUGAUGCUGGAGACAUUGAAUUCCACACCGAAUUUAGCUACUUCUUUUUUCUAUUGUUUGUAAUUUUUAUGUCGAUCGUUUUGUACAAUUUACUCAAUGGAUUGGCUGUUAGUGAUACUCAGGCAAUCAAAGAACAGGCCGAAGUUAAUGGAUCAAUAUGUCGUGCUAAUUUAUUGACAUGUUACGAACGUCUUUUGAUCGGACAAAACCAUAGAACCAGUGUAAUUGUGAAUCACCAACCAUUUCUUGGUAUCUGUCGAAGACUUAUAAACCUCUUCCCCUAUUGUAUUUCGGGAACAUCUAUUUCUAUUUUGCCAAAUAAUCGAAAUAAGGUUUUCAUUCCGUUUACAUCAUCAUUGGAAUUAAUCAAUCAACAGGACCCAAGUUCGAGAAAAUCUUUGAUUUCCGUACAUGAUGUUAGUGAGCAGGAAAAAAAACUUCUUGAACCUCCAAUACAAUUUGUACCAUGUUGUUUAACUUGUAUAACGGGUAGAUGCUCGGAAAUGGACUCAAGGACUGUAAAAACUGCUCUGGCUGUUAUCGAAAGGAAAAAUGAAAUGAUUAAGGAAAACAGUCAAAUUGAAUUUCAAGAAAUUCGUCUCAAGAACAUUGAGGAUAAAAUAGAAAAAAUAUUUGAAAUGAUGCAAAAUAUGACUUCGCAAUAAAAACAAUUUUGUAUAGUUUAUACACCGAUUAAUUCUUGAAAAGAUGCCUAAUUUUUUAAAUUAUAUUUUUUGUACAUAAGUUCUAAGAUAAAAAAAUUAAAAGGAAAAAUCUCACUAUUAAUGUAUUAACAUAAGCCGUGUGCCGAUCAGAUAAAAAUCUAAUUUAAUUUGUUUCAAGUUAGUCUUGUUCAAAAUAUUGUCAACGGUCAACUUUACGGUAAUCUAUUUUAAACAAGGUAAAUUAAACUAUUACAAUUUUACACCAUUUAAACUCAAUUUUUGAAUUACUAUUUUGUACGUAUAUGUUAGGAAAUAAGUGUUUCUAAAACCUCAAAACUAAGAAAAAUAUAACUGAUUCCUAAAACCUUGUUACGGAUUAACGAAGACUAUGUACAUAUAACUUAUUAAUUAAUUUUAAAACUCCUAACCGUCAUUAACUUUUUAAAAUAUAAAAUACCAGAAUACACCGAAUUGUGAUCAAAUAAACAAAAUUCAAAAACAUAAAAUUACAAUUCCUGAAUUUAUAUAAUUUAUUUUGUAUAUUUAUGUGUUUUACCAGUGUAAAAAUUAAUUUUCUUUGAAUUCUAAUUCAAUCAAAAUAUAAAAUAUUAUUAACACUGAUCUAAAAUAUUAAACCAUAUCGUUAGCAAAAAGCAAUUUUUAAACAUUUUUUUAUAAAGGAGUAAAAUAA